CUCGCUGUGGGCUGUCUUGCAGUUUCUUUUUAGAAAAUGUGUUAAAAAUAACAUUUAUGACCGGAAAACAACCUCUCCAUCACACUUCGAGUGUUUUCACGCGUUCAUCAUCGAGCGUGAAAGUUGCCCUCAAUCCUAAGCUGACAACAUUCAUUAAGCUUAUUUCUUAAUAAAUAAAAAUAAAUAAAUCCUAACCUCCUCUACUUCCAAUCCCACACUGAACCCGCUCCAAACAAGCUUCAAAAUACGGCCACACUGAAAACCCCACGUGGAUGAUUCUGAUUGGUUUUGUGAAGGAAAGUACCGUGAGAGUGGGAGUAGAGAUGAAGAGGAAGAUCAGUAAAAGAGCUCCGUUUUCUCUUGCAUCGUCAUCUCUUCGUUGGCUGCAGUAAAUGAGGAAGUUUUUUUGUUUUUCUUACAAGUCACAGAGAGAGCUUGUAGAAGAGGAAAUAUAUAUAUAUAUAUAUAUACACACACACUAUAUAUAUAUAAAGGAAGAGAGAGCUAUACGUUUAGAGAGAGAGAGAGAGAGAGAGAGAGCAAGGGAGGUUUUGGAAAGAGAGGAAAUGGAGGGCAUAGAGGAAGAAGAGAGUGGAGAAGAGGUGUUAGGGUCAAGCCUGACGAUGGAGAAGGUGGCGGCGGCAAAACAGUUUAUUGAGAAUCAUUAUAGAGCUCAGAUGAAGAAUAUUCAAGAACGCAAAGAAAGACGAUGGAUCCUGGAGAGAAAGUUAGCUGCUUCAGAUGUGCCCAAGGAGGAACAACUCAAUCUGAUAAAAGAUCUGGAGAGGAAAGAGACAGAGUUUAUGAGACUUAAAAGGCACAAGAUUUGUGUCAAUGAUUUUGAUCUUUUGACCAUUAUUGGAAGGGGAGCCUUUGGUGAGGUUCGACUGUGCCGGGAGAGGAAAUCUGGAAAUAUUUAUGCGAUGAAGAAGUUAAAGAAAUCUGAAAUGCUUAUGAGAGGACAGGUGGAACAUGUUAGAGCAGAGAGGAACUUGCUGGCAGAAGUUGCAAGCCACUGCAUAGUAAAACUUUAUUAUUCAUUUCAGGAUGCUGAAUUUUUAUAUUUGAUCAUGGAAUAUCUUCCUGGGGGUGAUAUGAUGACUCUGCUGAUGAGGGAGGAUACCUUAACUGAAAAUGUGGCUAAGUUUUACAUUGCUCAAAGUGUCUUGGCCAUUGAGUCUAUUCAUAAACAUAAUUACAUUCACAGGGACAUUAAACCUGACAACCUUCUUCUGGACAAAAAUGGUCACAUGAAGUUAUCGGAUUUUGGCCUUUGUAAGCCUCUUGAUUGUACAACUUUACCAGCAAUCCAUGAGAAUAGGCCCAUGGAUGAUGAAAAUAUGACAGAAACUAUGGAUAUUGAUGGAUUUAUUCCUGAUGCGGACAAUAAGAGCAGAUGGAGAAGCCCUCGGGAGCAGCUUCAGCAUUGGCAGAUGAACAGAAGAAAGUUGGCAUUUUCAACUGUUGGAACACCUGAUUACAUAUCUCCUGAAGUGUUACUGAAGAAAGGAUAUGGCAUGGAAUGUGACUGGUGGUCACUAGGAGCAAUAAUGUAUGAAAUGCUAAUUGGAUAUCCACCAUUUUAUUCAGAUGAUCCAAUUACCACAUGCAGGAAGAUUGUGCAUUGGAGAAAUCACCUAAGAUUUCCUGAAGAUUCAAGGUUAAGUCAUGAGGCAAGGGAUCUCAUAUGUAGAUUGCUGUGUGAUGUUGAGCACAGACUGGGUACUGGAGGGGCACAUCAAAUUAAAGCUCAUCCUUGGUUCAAGGACGUUGUGUGGGAUAAACUCUAUGAGAUGGAGGCUGCAUUUAAACCUGAAGUGAAUGGGGAAUUAGAUACUCAAAAUUUUAUGAAGUUUGAUGAAUUGGAUUCUCCAGCACCAGCAAGAACUGGCUUGGGACCCUCACGGAAGAUGCUUUUAACACCCAAAGAUUUAAGUUUUGUUGGCUAUACAUACAAGAACUUUGAUGCUGUCAAAGGGCUGCACCAUUCUUUUGAUUUCAAGAAUCCAUCAAUGGAACAGCUAUCUGAUGAUUCUAUAUACAGUGAUUCAGGGUUAAGUUAUUCCAUUAAGCUGUCAGCCGAGGAAACAGAAGUGCAGAUGCUUACAUCAGCAGGUGAUCCCAUGUUGCCAUAGAGUAACUGAUGCAAAACCUCUUACAUAGAUAUAUGUAUAUUUCUGCUUGUUUUAAGGUUACAAUUCUCCAAGAUCUGCAGUUCUUGCGGCUGCCAUCCAACUUGUGGAGCCACUUUGUUAAGUGUACAGAAGUAUUUCAGAAAAAAUUUAAAAUCCAGUUGCGAGUAGACUGGUAGGACAAGCGAGACUCUUUUUCAACCUAAAAGGCUUUGUGUAUUAGUAAGUUAGAUCAGAGUUCUGAAACUUGAUGCACUGGCUGCCCAGGUUGGCUGUGGUAAAAUUGCCUUCUCUCGUGGCAGUUUCUGGUCAAAUUUUUAAUUGAUAGCAAACUCCUGAGAAACUCUAUAGCCAUUUUGGGAACAAUAUUGAUCUCCCUUUUGUUGUGUGUAAACUAUUAUUAGCAAAAACUAGAAAUUAUCUGUGACGAAAUAACAUUUUGCUGAUAAAUAUAUUUCUCAGUAAAUUGUUCAUUGAAGUGCUCCUGCCAUUUUUUGUUGUAUGAUUGCGUUUUUCAAGUUGUCCACUUCUGGAAAUGUUGCUAUUGAACAGUUUUAAGCAGUUUUACCUCGUUUCUCUCUGGCUACUGAUGCAAUUCUUAAGUGCUCCCUCCAUCAAAGGAAACACCUUACGAAAAUUGCUGCGGUGGACCAUUUACCACAGUUCUCUGUUCCAAUUUGCCUAGCGUUAGUUCUUCUGAUUCUGAACAGUGGUGCAGUUGGUGUAGAUAUGAUACGUAAAAUGAUAAAAAAUAAAAAAGAUAUGGU